AUCUAUGACCAUUUUAUGUCAACUGCAUGAUCCGCCCAACUGUACUUCCGCUGCCUUAAUUGCAUGCAUUAUACAGGAAUUGAUACAGAGCCGGGCCGUGUGAAGGUAGAAAGGACAAUGAGCUAGUCUAAGAUGUUAGGAGGUCUGUUUAUUUACAACCACAAGGGGGAGGUCCUGAUAUCUCGAGUCUUUCGGGAUGACAUAGGGCGAAAUGCGGUGGAUGCGUUCCGUGUGAACGUGAUCCAUGCGCGCCAGCAGGUGCGUUCCCCCGUCACCAAUAUGGCACGAACCAGCUUCUUUCACAUCAAGCGGGGAAAUAUCUGGGUGGCAGCCGUGACCAAGCAGAAUGUGAACGCACCAAUGGUCUUUGAGUUUCUGGCCAAGCUUAUGGAGGUCAUGACUUCAUACUUUGGCAAGGUCACGGAGGAUAACAUUAAGAACAACUUUGUUCUCAUUUAUGAGCUCUUAGAUGAAAUCCUUGACUAUGGCUAUCCACAGAACACAGACACAGGAAUCCUAAAGACUUAUAUCACACAACAAGGAGUCAAGUCAUCGAGCAAAGAGGAGCAAGCACAGAUCACCAAUCAAGUAACGGGACAGAUUGGAUGGAGGCGAGAAGGUAUUAAGUAUCGUCGGAAUGAACUAUUUCUUGAUGUGCUAGAGGAUGUCAAUCUACUCAUGUCCCCACAAGGUCAAGUAUUAAGCGCUCAUGUUGCAGGUCGUGUUGUGAUGAAGAGUUAUCUAAGUGGAAUGCCAGAGUGUAAGUUUGGCAUGAAUGACAAGAUCACACUUGACAGACAAGGGAAGGGAGAUGAUCCAGCAAAAAGCAAAUCGUCCAUUGCCAUUGAUGAUUGCACAUUCCAUCAGUGUGUUAAGCUCAGCAAGUUUGAAUCAGAACGUAGUAUUAGUUUCAUACCUCCUGAUGGGCAAUUUGAACUCAUGAAGUAUAGAACGACUAAGGAUAUUAGCUUACCCUUCAGGGUUAUACCAUUAGUCAGAGAGGUAGGAAGGACAAAGAUGGAGGUCAAGGUUGUGUUGAAAUCUAACUUCAAACCCACGAUACUGGGACAGAAAAUUGAGGUACGUAUCCCAACACCCCUUAACACCAGCGGCGUCCAGGUCAUCUGUAUGAAAGGAAAGGCCAAGUAUAAGUCCAGCGAGAAUGCUAUUGUAUGGAAAAUUAAGAGGAUGAGUGGCAUGAAGGAAUCUCAGAUCAGUGCCGAGAUUGAACUUCUCCCAACAUCAGAUAAGAAGAAAUGGGCUCGUCCACCAAUCUCCAUGAGCUUUGAGGUCCCGUUUGCCGCUUCUGGUCUGAAGGUACGCUACCUGAAAGUCUUUGAACCUAAACUCAACUACAGUGACCAUGACGUCAUCAAGUGGGUUCGCUACAUCAGUAGGAAUGGUCUCUAUGAAACGAGGUCAUGACCUGCGUGAUGCAACGAAGCCACCGUGUUGUUGUGAGAGCUUGUUGUCGGAGAGGGGUCACUCUCUUUCUGACAGGAUUAGAAUUUCUUUACAUGGAUCCCUUCCUCUCUUAGUCAUUUAAAUUGUGUUUCCUUCCAGUUGAGGGCACCUGUAAAUGCCUUUAUCCGUCUCCAGCAAUGAUAUGAUGUUAGAGGUUUAUGAAUAUUCAUGCCAUGGGUCAAAUAGGGUCACUGCCUCUUAUCAUUAUGGGAUGCAUUUAGAAGCCAUCCUUACUAGCAAAAUUAAAUUACUGAAGUAAAAAAAGUCACAGUUAAUUUUUAUUUUCUUCAAAUUAUGAUACAUGAUUCUUUCUUUGUGAGAAAAUUUAAAUGGAGCAACACAAUUGUGUGUAUCAUGAUCCUUUAAUCUGACUAAAUAUUCUUUUUAAUUGAUGAAGGGGAGGGGUGUCAUUGAAUAUGUACCAAUAGAUUUAUUUUUGACAAAUUUGCUUUGCAUCUUGACCUGUUUACCAAACCAUCAAACAUUAAACAUGAAAUAAGAAAUAGACUCUUUUAAGGAUGCUUUGAUCUUAACCUAUAAAUAAUGGUAGUUAAUAGGAAUAUUGGUUUCAGUUCUUAUCGGCCAAUUCUUGUUUUCCCAUCAAGACUUGCUAGGUGCAAGAAAUCUGUCAGAAAAGUAUUGGUUGCAUGAGUUAUGUUGCAAAGCUAACGUUUUAAAUAAUAGUGAAUAUGACAUGCAUUAUACACCAAUAAGUAAGAUUGAUUUUGAUGUAGUGUUUUGUUAUUGCUGUUAGGUAAAUUGUACUAAAUAUCAAAUUCUCUGAUCAUUCCAUGGAAGUUCCAAGUAGGGAUAUCUUCAAAAGAGCAAAAGAAACUGAAAGUAAUUUAAGAAAUAGUUGGAAUGAUAUGAGACAUGGGAAGGGUGUAAUUUUAUUUUCAUCAUUGUGCUGCUGUAGAAGAGGUAUGAUAUUUGUGAAUGAGGGAUUUCAGUCCUGAAUUGUUUUAUUUUACCUGGGUAUUAAGCACAAAGAAAUGUAGUUUAAUGUUUAUGUACAAUGUAGCUGCAUGUGCGAAUCCCUAUGUUCUGAUUAGUAUUUUACGAGGAAAAUUUUAUUGUGGCAAAAUUUAUGGAUCUGGUAGGGCUAGAUUUCAAUUUUUUUUUUCAAAUAUCUAUUUCUAUUGAUUGAAUGCUCAAUCUGCAAAUUUGAUUUCUUGAUUUCUUGUCCAAGUUUCGGAUUAAGGGACUGGCAGGAUUAUCAAUGCUGUAAAACCAGAUAAUCUUUCAUAAAUGCUUUGAAUUUGGUUUGUAUUCCACAUUUCAUUCUGUGAUGUUGACUCUAACUUCAUAUAUUGAUUCAAUGUAAAUGGCAUGUAAUGCGACUACUCUUUUAUAGAGCUAAAGGUAUGUAUAAACUGCUUCAUAGUGUGAAAUGAGUUAUGAGUGGUUUAGUGACAUCAAAAUGUUAAACAAAAAUGAGUGCCAACAUGGAGCGAGUUGUUUAAAGGCUGCUAUAGAAACUAAAAUGUUCAUAACAAUUGUUUUUUCAUGAAGUGGAUAUGGAGUGAGUUGUUCAAAAGCUGGCCUUCUUGAAAAAAAAUAAAUAUCCUGGGCAUAUGUAUUGUUCAUUUAGUGACUCAUCAUUAUUCAUGCUUUUGAAUUGGUGUCAAUGUCAUUCAUCAAUGCCACACAUCAGCUUCUGUACAAAAAUACAUCCUAUGUGAUGUAUGAUCUGCAACUCCAAGCAAUAUGCUUCUUCCAUUUUUUGGUGCUGGUAAAAUUUAACUUGAGCUUGUUUAAAAGAGUGCAAGGUUGAUAACUACUCCAAAGUUAUCUAUGUAGCAUUUGAUACAAGGGGUGAUUUACAGAAAACAGAAGUUCUAGUAUAAUCAAAUGGAAAAAAAAAAUUAUUUGACUUAUAGUUGAUUAUAGAUGUAGGUGAAUCACCCUGAGAUGUUUCUUCAUUGGAGACCAACUUAAACCACAUUCAUUGCAAUUUUUUGACAGAUUGGUGCCACAAAAUUUACUAAUUGCUAACACUUUUUCUAGAACAUCUGGUUUUACAGCAUUUGUAUUGCAUAUAGCUGCCUGACAGAGCAGGUUAGCUCAUUAACUCCCAUCGAUAUAGAGUGUUUUUUAUUUACUAACAUUCAUUUCAUUCACAUUUUAUUCUGUGGUGGCUGGUUACUCUCCUGUAGGCUGUAAUCACAGAUAAUCAUUUUAGAAGCAGAAGGACAUAAUGUAGGCAAUCAAUGAUGUCUGUCAGUGCUCUUUUGCACCCAACUUGCCCCCAUAAACUUGCUCAGCUCAUUUGGUUGAUGUGUCAUAGUUUUUCAUCUUUUUAAGAUGGUGAAAACAUCGACCUUUUCAUUUACAGAGGCUAAUCUAAGAAGAGGUGUUGUGGCUCACUGGAUAAGCCUCCAGACUUUGAACCACAAGGUCCGGGGUUUGAAUCCCCCCGCAGCACUUGCUUCCUUUGGCAAGUUGUGUAUCUACAUUUGCCACUCUCCACCCAGGUGUAGUAUAUGGAUACCUGAUAGGAAGGGAUUCCUUGAAUGCUUGAGCACCUGAUCAGGGUAACCGUGCUUAAGAUGGGGGUAAUAGUAUGCAGCGCUUAGAAACAUAGUAUUAAGUGCUAUAUAAAUUUAGCAUAUUAUUACUAGUUCAUUAUCAUUAAUCUUGCUCUUCCGCCUGCUCAAAUCUAUGACAUUGCAUACAGUAAAUUGCAGUAAAUUCACAUUCUACUCAAUUGAAGAGGCUCUAUUUCAAUUUGUGGGAUUCUGAGGCAUCCUAUUUCGGAUGAAAUUGCCCUAAAUGCUCUUGUAUUCGUUCCAUCUUGUCAGAAAUCAUUGCUACAUAUAAAAAAAAAUGAAAGUGCAACAUAUAAUUCAAAAAAAUAUUCGUUAGUGAUUUAAAAAAAAAUAUUUUUCUUUGAAAAUUGUAAAAGAAAUUUCCAUACCUCUUAAUAUUAUAAAUUCAACUCAACAAGCUUAAUAAUGACGCAACUGCUCAGUUUCCCUAACAUUAAACAUGACAAUAUCCAAAUCAUUAUCUUCUUAAUUUUUACAUGAAUUUCUUUAAUACAUUUAUCAUUAAAAUUUUACCCUUAAUAUCUCAUUAAUUCUUACCAAUUUUCAGAAAUUUCCCCUUGUAUCUAAAUUAAGGAGAAAAAAUAUUAACAGUUUGAAAAAAAAAAAAAUGUUAAACAAGAUAUUAGCAUCAGCUAUAGAGACUUCAUGGUACACCAAGUAUUUUUUUGUAUGUUGAAAACCAAAAAUAGUCCUGAAAAGAAGCACCCAAACUGAGAUGUAAACUAUGAUUAUUUUUUGAGCAAUUAAUAAAAAUUAAACUUUAAAUAUGACUUGUCAGUUGUUGGAUUGAGCUAAAUUAAUAUAAUAAUUGGGUGUUUUUUUAACAAUGUGAAGUCACAGGUGUAAUAGUUCAAUAACUUUUUUGCCAUCAUAGUGACCUUAAACCUUCAACGAUUCUCUGUGAUUACAGCCAAUCGUCGUCUUCAUCUCCUUACUGAAUCUUGCCAGUUCCUUCUUUCCGAUACUUGGCAAGAAAUGCCAAAAUUUGCGGAUCGGGCAUUCAAUCACCCUUCCAUAGGAGAGUAACCACCACUGAUAUUUUUCCUCCUUUUAUUCCUUGUUUUGGGCCUCUUUUUUUUUUUCUUAUGUUAAAACGAUGGGAGUGUUAGUCAUGAAGCCAUCCAUCCAGUCCAGAUUUUGACCUGUAUUGUAUUUUGAAUAUGAGAAAAUGUAUGAAACUGUUUCUGUAAUUCCCUUUAGGCUUUGCUGGAAUACAGAGGUUAGUGAUGAAUGAUUGUAUAUACAUUAUAGUCAAUGCAAUUAAAAUGUCCUAUAAUGGUUGCUAAGAUCUGUGUUAUAGGCCCCAGGUAACACAAGAUUUAGCUAUUGAUCAUACAUUUGAAUUUUAUCAUUUAUUUGUGCAUUCAUUGUGGUCAAUGCAAUUAAAAACUGUUAUAUGAUAAAGAUUUGUGUUACAGGGCCUAGCUGAUUCCAGUAGGUAACGCUUCUCUUAAUGUCAAAUUGUCAUUUUAUGAGACCAAUAAUAUGUCGUGUUUUGUAGCUGGAUAUCUCUGGUUAUCUCAAGGCAUGAACAACGGAAUGUAAAAAAAAAUGAAACGAAAUGUUAGAACAAAAUCAUGUCACCAGUGACUUUAAUUCAUGUUCAUGUUCUGUCUCGUUAUAUUUCAUUGAUAAGAUUGAAAAUAAGUUUUUUCUUGUUAGGUGGACAUUUAUAUUUCGUUGUCUGAUAUACUAUUGCAUUGAUAAUCCAGGUGAUUUGUUUGUGAAUCCAGUAUACUUGGUGAAAAAUAGAAGAAAAUGCCCAUCAUAUUUCAUUAUUAACAUUAUUCCUGUAAACCCUGGUUUGAAAUGUAUGAAAUUCAUUAGAAAUAUAUAAUAUCUGAUAUGUAAGACAAUUUGUUGAAAUCUUUGUCUCAUUUAGUCUUGAACUUGUUGAAUCUAAAAAGAAAUAUCAAUAUUUUACCAAUUAAAUAAAUCAAUUAAAAAAAAUGAUCAUAACUCAGGAAAGUAUUUACCUAGUGACAAAAUAAUUCAUGUGUAUCAUUCCUUGAGAAAGUUUGGUAUUUAAACAUUAGGAAUUGUACUACUCCAUUUGUGAGGAGUAAAAGGAGAAAUAAAUAGAUGAACAUUUACAAUUGAAAAGUAAAACUGAGAAUUAGAACUUAUUUUCUUCCUCAUGAUCAUGUGAAUCUGGGCUUUGAAUGGGAAAUAGGGAUAGAUUUGUUUUUUAUGAAAACAAUCGCUAGCAAUUGAUUGAUCUAUAAUUGUCUUUUAAGAAGUAAUUGAAUGACAGUGCUUCGCAAUGAGAUCAGUAGUGUAAGUAGUCUGCAAGUUUGGUUUUCUUACUUUGUAUGGGAGGAUAGAAUUUAAAUUGAUUUUUGCAAACGUUAACAUCCAACUUUUAUUAGUGAGAAGACAUAUCAUUACCAAAGUCUCUUCAUAUUUCUUCAUGUAAUGUCAUUCUCAUCCGACGGUUUAUUACGUUUUGUAAAGUAAAUAUCUAACAGAAUGGAAUAAGAUGCAAGAUCGAGUUCUGUUAAUCUAUUAAAUGAUGUAUGUAUAAGCAUGCAUUGUAUUAAAGGAAAAAAUGGUCUGUGAAGCUAAAACUUAUAUUGGGAUGUUAUGAAAUGUUUAAUACUCCAUCCAUAUGUAUAGAAGUACAGAUGUACAUGUACAUGGAAUUUAGAGCAAACAGACAAAUUUGCUGUUGUGAAUUGUCAGUGGCUCUGUGCCAAUAAUUUUGGAAGUGAAUUUAACAAGGCAUGCAUGUAAGUGUCACAAUAAUUGCAUUUCACUUUGUGUUCAACAAACAUUUUUAAGUCUGGUAUUGUAAAUUGCUGCUAAUCCGCAACAAAAGUAUAUUUUUAGCAUAUAAAUAUGAAUCGGAACCAGAGCGUCAUGUUAUCAAGAGUUGCUAUUGAUCCAAAAUAAUCCCUCGACAGGGAUAUAGAUCAGUGAUAUGGCAAACAUUUUGUUAUAUAAAUCAUCAAAAUUAGAAAACUUAUCACUUUGCCAGAGUUAUGAAAUAUUCUUCUUCUGAAUUAUUUAUAGUGUACUAGUGAAUUAGGACAAAUUGAAUGGAAAAUUCAAAGAAUUAUUUGGAUAUUUACUUUCUUGUGCAUUUCGAUAUUUGAAUAUCUGAAAGACCAUUUGUGUUAUUGUAAUCGUUAUUGUUUUUGUAUCCUUUUCGCAGUGUAUAUUCCUUUGUUUAUUGGCUAUCAUAUAGUUUGUAGUUAUAUUGUGACUGUUUCUCAAGCAAAAAUAAAUCUACAUCCUUAUAUCAAUCCCAAAACAAA